GUGACCGAUCUGGACCGAAGUGAACGGGUUCUGAAGGAUGCUCCAUCGUAUCCUAUGCGAGGCCGCGUAGAUGGCCGGCUUCCGGAAAGCAUGCGAACCAUGGAGCCUUUCCAUGAGCUGGGUCGCCCUGACCUGGAGUGGCAUGCCCGCUUGCGGGAAAACGAUGACACGGCUCCUCUCGAUGUCUUCACUGGGGCGCACAUAAAGCGGGACCCGGAAGCCGGUACUGGUGCCAAGCGAUCCUGCAUGAGCGGAUCACUGACAAAGGCACCAUGGCGACAUGAAGGCACCAUCAAGUCCCUAGCUGCGGCGAGCAGCAAGUCGGUGACCUAUGUCAGCGCUCACAAUUUCAAUGCGGCUAGCAAGCCACCACAGUCACGCUUCUGCGAGGACCAGCUCUGGAAGAGCGCAUCUCGCAUGGGUAUCACCGGGACAGAGCGCAGCGAAGCGCUCCAGUACAGACGGCCUCACCACUAUGGCGUGCACCUCUGA